AUGGUGGCCAGAGGUGGUGCGGCGGCGGCGCGGGAGCUCAAAGGGUGCUGCGGCUUUGCAUUGUGCGAGGGAGAAGCUGUCUUGAGGAAGUUGGGGUUUAAUGAGAAUUGGAUCAAGCUUGUGAUGAGCUGUGUUAGCUCAGUGACUUACUCUGUUCUUUUGAAUGGUAAACCUGGAGGUAAGGUGAUUCCUACUAGGGGAUUGAGGCAAGGAGAUCCAAUUUCUCCCUAUCUUUUCAUUUUGUGUGCUGAGGGUUUGAGCUCCUUGCUCAAUUACGCUGAUCAGAAAGGGGAAAUCAUGGGGGUUGCAGUGGCUAAAGGAGGCCAAGUUUUAAACAAGGAAAAAUCCUCUUUGUUUUUCAGCUCCAACACUGAAGAAACAGAAAAGAAAAUGAUCCUUUUUGAAGCUGGUGGUGUAGUCUGUGGCAGCUAUGAAAAAUACUUGGGCCUUCCUGCCAUGGUGGGUAGGUCAAAGUACAAAACUUUUAGAGGAGUUAAAGAGAAGGUGUGGAAAAAAAUAAAAAGCUGGAAAAAUAGCUUCUUAUCACUAGCUGGUAAAGAGGUUCUCAUCAAAGCAGUCCUACAGGCCAUUCCAUCCUAUACUAUGGGUGUUUUCAAAUUGCCAAUUUCAUUGUGCAAGGAGUUGAAUUCUUUGUACUCAAAGUUUUGGUGGGGUCAUAAGGAAAACUCAAAGAAAAUUCACUGGUGGAGUUGGGAGAGACUGGGUGUGCAAAAAGCAAGAGGGGGGAUGGGGUUUAGGGAUGUAGAGUGCUUUAAUGCAGCUAUGUUGGCUAAACAAGGUUGGCGUAUGAUUAAAAAUUCCUCUUCUCUUGUUGCUCAGGUGUAUAGGGAUAAAUACUUCAAGAACUCAGAAUUCCUAAAAGCUAAAUUGGGUAUAAAUCCCUCUUAUAUAUGGAGAAGUGUGCUGUCAGCUAGGGACUUAUUAAAGGAAGGCUUACAAUGGAGGGUUGGGAAUGGGAAUAACAUAGGGAUUUGGGGGGAGAAGUGGUUGCCUACCCCUAUUUCAAAGUGUGUGCAAUCCCCUAUGAAGAGAUUUUGGGAAGAUAUGAAGGUAAACAAGCUGAUUGUGCCAUCUACUAACUCAUGGGAUGAAGAUCUCAUUAGAGGGUUGUUCAAACCAGAAGAAGCUGAAGUCAUUGUUCGAAUUCCUUUGAGCAGAAGGGGGUCCUCUAAUGUGAGGUAUUGGGGAUAUACAAAAUAUGGGAAUGGAGGUGCCAGCAGUGGUCAAAAUCCACUGUGUCCAAUAUGUGGAAGAGAUGAGGAGACUGUAAUUCAUAUACUUUGGAGCUGCCCUUCUUCAGUAGAUGUGUGGGCAAAGCCUAGCAGUCCAGUACAUAAGUGUGCCACAGAGGAAGUGGACUUUCUGGAACUAUGGUCUAAGCUGAUGAACAGACUACAGAAAGGGGAGAUGGAAUGGGUUGCUACCAUAAUGCAUAGAAUCUGGUUGAGAAGAAAUAAGGUAGUUUUUGAGAACCAAUUCUAUAACCCAAGCAAACUUUUACAAAUGGCUGGUGAGGGGCUGGAAGAUUAUAAAUUAGCACAGAUAAGCCAAGAGGGAUCUGCUACUACUGUUGAUACUGCUGAUUAUAAUGUAAUGCAGAAGAAAUGGAAAAAACCAGGUGUUUUUAAGGUAAAGGCUAAUUGGGAUGCUGCUCUCGACAUGGAGGCUAAGAGAAUGGGUAUGGGAAUUGUCAUUAGAGAUGAGGAAGGGGAAGUACUUGUGUCUGUUUGUGAUGUCAGAAACCAUGUUGAUCACCCUGCUAUAGCAGAAAGCUGGGCAUUAUGGAAAGCCUUAGAAAUCUGUAAUAAGCUAGCCCUAUCAAGGGUGACUUUCGAAGGAGAUGCAGUAGUGGUCAUCAAUGGGAUAAAUAGAGAGGUGGAAGACCAAUCAUGUAUGGGGCAUAUUACUGAAGAUAUCAAGCAAGUUUUUAAAGCAAAAAGGGAUUGGAAUAUAAGGUUUGUGCCAAAAGAUGGGAAUAAAGUGGCCCAUAUGUUAGCUAAAUAUGUAUUGGAGCUAGGUGAGGAAAAAAUAUAG